GUCGAAUCAGCUACGGAACUUUUCAGCAAAGCUUUCGAAUCAGAUCCAACUAUCGCAUACUGUCUCGCAAACCUCACACAGAAGCAGCGUGAUGAUUGCCGGCCACGAGUCAUUCGUGCCAUCAUCACGGCUGCCACAUUGAAUGCCGGCACAAUCGAUGAGGUCAAUGAUUGGAAGUGCUGCGGUGCCGUCUUGACCCCCGGCCAUAUGAUGGACGACUUUAUGAGCCUAAUCCGGUCUGGUAUGCCUUUCGCAAUGUGGUCCAUGGGUUUUUGGGGCUGCUAUCGUGCUAUAACGGAGAUGGGACCGAUGUCAAUGGCCUGCAAAGAAAAGGUCUUACCUGGCCAAGGAAAAUGCUACUAUAUACUAUACGUUGCCACUGCUCCAUCCGGCCGACGCCAAGGGCUUUGCUCCGCACUUGUCAAACACUACCAACAGCUAGCAGUGCGAGAUGAGGUCCCGAUAUACCUAGAGGCUACCUCCAGAUACUCCUGUUCUCUGUACCAAAAGCUUGGAUUUUCGGUCGUUGACGAAUUUACCGUUGGAAGAGGAAAACACGCGACGGAUGGGAGGCUUGAGGACGGUGGACCCGGAGUCAAAAUAUGGGGCAUGAUCUGGAGGCCGGAAGUCUGUACGAAAACAUGA